AUGCAGUCGCAGGGGUACCGGAUCAUUCCGGUGAAUCCGGCGCUGAACGGAGCGACCGUGCUGGGCGAACCGGCCUUCGACGACCUGGCUUCGGCAUCAGCGGCCAUCGACCUGGUGGACGUGUUCCGGCGCAGCGAGUUUGCUGGGGCCGUUACGGAUGACGCUGUCACGAUUGGAGCGCGCUACGUGUGGAUGCAGGACGGGGUGGUAGACCAGGCGGCGGCGCAGAGUGCGCAGGAUGCCGGGCUGGGCGUGGUGAUGGAUGAUUGCAUCCUGAGGCAGCACAAGCGGCGGCGGGGCGGCUAG